AUGUACCGAGGCCAGUUUUGGUCUCCGAGGUGUCCGAUUUUAAUUGGAAUUACAGGAUUUUUGAAGACAGAGAAACACAGCGAGGCGGAAGGGCCGGGAGUUGACAGCAGGAUGUCUCCGCCCCGUCCGCUCGCUGCCUUUAAGUUGCUCAGUGCCGCCGCCACUCGCUUCAAUUCUCACUCAGUUCUGAGUGUCAGAGAGAACUUGUGCAUAGUGGCCGAUAUGACGGAGACCGCAGCCGCUGAAGCGGUUCCUCAAGCCGUCCCCACCGCUCAAACUAAGGCUCCCAAGAAGAAGAAGCCGCCCGCCCGGAGCAAGGCAGCCGGUCUCAAGCUGGGCGAACAGAUCGACAAGCUUGUGGCGGAUUGCCGCGAUCGCAGAGGGUUGUCUUUAUUUGCGAUAAAGAAGAGUCUGGCUGCCAACCGCGUCGAUGUGGACAAGUGCCGCCACCUGAUCAAGAUGUGCAUCAAGAGGAGAUUAGUAAACGGUUUACUGGUCCAGAACAAGGGCUCCUUCAAGACCGGCAAGGGAGAAGCGGCCGUGAAAUCAGUAAAGAAAGCGAAGAUUUCAGCAGCCAAGACAUCCAAGAGCAAGAAACCGACGGCCAAGAAACCCCCGACCAAGAAAUCAUUGGCAAAAAAAUCUACCCCCAAGAAACCAGCGGUCAAGAAAGUUUCCACUAAGAAAGUUGUGGCCAAGAAACCAGCGGCUAAACUAACGGCGGCGAAGAAAGCAUCGCCCAAGAAGGCGGCGACGAAAACCCCCCAAAAGGCAGCAAAGAAGCCGGUAAAACGCCAGGUGAAGGCGAAAUCCAAGAAGGCAGCGUCCAAAAAGUGA